AUAUGAAAACCAUAGUUUCAAUAGUCUUGGUGCUUCUGUUUAGGCUUGGGGUUGAUGGAGAUGGUCUCUCUUAUGAUUUCUAUGAGAAGUCAUGCCCACAGGUUGAAGACAUUGUAAAAGCUGGGCUUCAAAAUACAUUUCUUAAGGAUCCUGCUGCUCCUGCAGCUUUGUUAAGGCUCAUGUUCCAUGACUGUCAAGUUCAGGGCUGUGAUGCAUCCAUUCUAGUUGAUCCAAGUGAGGAAAACCUGCAAAUGGAGAUGCAUUCAUCUAAGAACUUUGGAAUCAUUAAGAGGGAGUUGAUAAGCGUAGUGAAAUCAAUGGUAGAAGCACAGUGCCCACAGCAAGUCUCUUGCGCUGACAUUCUCAUACUGGUUGCCCGCGAGGCUGUUGCUAUGACAGGAGGGCCAUGGAUAGAGGUUCCGUUGGGACGGAAAGAUUCCUCCGCUACCCCUAGCUAUGAGCUUGCAGAUGCUAUGCUGCCUUCUCCAACAACUGGAGUUGAUGAAAUGCUUGAAAUUUUCUCCAAGAAAGGAAUGACUCUUGAAGAAUCUGUUGCCAUUUUGGGUGCCCACACUCUAGGAAUUUCACAUUGUUCAAGUCUCCUGAACCGGCUGUACAAUCCCAGUGGAGAUAAGACUGGAGUGAUGGAACCCAGUUUUGCUGCAUUUUUGAGGUUGAAUUGUCCUGCAGGAUCUUUGACCUCAAACCUAAGCUUUGUCCUCAAUGAUCCUACCGCAUUUGUCUUUGAUAAUCAAUAUUACAUAAAUGCACUGGGAGGUAAGGGAGUACUGAAAAUAGAUGCUGAAAUGGUGUUAGACCCAGGAACCGCUCGGGUCAUGGAACGUUUUUCUGGCGAUCAGGAUGGUUUCUUUCAAGCCUUCUCUUCUGCCUUUGUGAAACUCUCCAUUUCUGGGGUUCUAACUGGAAACCAAGGUGCUAUUAGAAAGAAAUGUAAUGCAAUAAACUGAGAGUUGUUGGCAGUUCCAGAUAUGCAGCAUGCACUGACUUAAUGACUUGCAUUUAUUUUGUUAUAUCUUCUUUGAUAAGAAGCAUUCUUUGAUGCUUUUCAUCUUUGUUUCUUUCUUCUGGUUGGAUUUCAGCAAGCCUUGCUCGUUCUGUAACAAUAGACACUCACUUGAGAU